UUUAACAUUUACAUUUAUGACUAUUACAAUAAGCACAGAUUCUGUAAAACAGCUUGUGAGCUGCUGGUAGAGACUGACAUACUACCGGACUCUGCUCCUCCCAUCAAUGCACGUCAGGGUCUACUUUUCGAGUACGUCCUACUUGACUUAUUCCUUAAGCGCUUGGUAACUCAAUAUGUGGCACUCCAGAUGGUGGAGUGUUUUUUGGGUACUUUUCACAGCAAAAAACAAUGGAACAGGAAUGGAUGA